AUGCGGCAAUACUCGAGCCAAAAUCCAUUGGACUUUACGAUCGUACACGCGCCCACUUCGCAUUACCCUUGUGUCUCCCUGGCGCAGCCGUUUCUAAGCGCAAAUUCCACAAAACUUCGGCGGAAGAUGAUGUACCCCGCAGGAAAAGGCUGCGGUAUUCCCGACGUCGACCUUUUAAGUCUCUUCUUCAGUACACUCAUGAUGCUAUCGGUCUGCAGCUGGCGCCCCCGAAUUGAAGCUCUGUUGCUGCAACAUCUGCUGACCAUGGACGUUCCUAUCAUCGGAGUCGCUGCGUUAGACGGCUCCGGCAAGGAGGUUCCAGGAGCGUACAUCGUCGCAGACAAGAGCAAGAUCAGCAAGGAUAAAGAGAAGGACUUGUCGGAUCAAAAUCGGUCAUUAUAA